GGCGGUGGCCCGGAGGCCACGGAGCUAUGGACGGCAGCGGGCCCUUCAGCUGCCCCAUCUGCCUUGAGCCGCUCCGGGAGCCGGUGACGCUGCCCUGCGGCCACAACUUCUGCCUCGCCUGCCUGGGCGCGCUCUGGCCGCACCGCGGCACGGGUGGCGCCGGCGGGCCCGGAGGCGCGGCCCGCUGCCCGCUGUGCCAGGAGCCCUUCCCCGACGGCCUGCAGCUCCGCAAGAACCACACGCUGUCCGAGCUGCUGCAGCUCCGCCAGGGCUCGGGCCCAGGCUCGGGCCGUGGCCCGGCCGCCGAGCCCGCGGCGCCCAGUGCGCCGCCCAGCACCUCGGAGCCGUCGGCUCCCUGCGCGCCCGAGCCGUGGCCGGCGGGCGAAGAGCCGGUGCGCUGCGACGCGUGCCCCGAGGGCGCCGCCCUGCCCGCCGCGCUCUCCUGCCUCUCCUGCCUCGCCUCCUUCUGCCCCGCGCACCUUGGCCCACACGAGCGCAGCCCUGCGCUGCGCGGACACCGCCUGGUGCCGCCGCUGCGCCGGCUGGAGGAGAGCCUGUGCCCGCGCCACCUGCGGCCGCUGGAGCGCUACUGCCGCGCGGAGCGCGUGUGCCUGUGCGAGGCCUGCGGCGCCCAGGAGCACCGGGGCCACGAGCUGGUGCCGCUGGAGCAGGAGCGCGCGCUCCAGGAGGCGGAGCAGCCCAAAGUCCUGAGCGCUGUGGAGGACCGCAUGGACGAGCUGGGCGCCGGCAUUGCACAGUCCCGGCGCACGGUGGCCCUCAUCAAGAGUGCAGCCGUGGCAGAGCGGGACAGGGUGAGCCGGCUGUUUGCCGAGGCUGCAGCAACCUUGCAAGGGUUCCAAACAGAGGUGCUGGGCUUCAUCGAGGAGGGGGAGGCCCUCAUGCUUGGCCGCUCCCAGGGCGACCUGCGGCGGCAGGAAGAACAGCGCAGCAGGCUAAGCCGGGCCCGCCACAACCUCAGUCAGGUCCCUGAAGCCGACUCGGUCAGCUUCCUGCAGGAGCUCCUGGCACUCAGGCUGGCCCUGGAGGAGGGGUGCGGCCCUGGGCCCGGUCCUCCAAAGGAGCUCAGCUUCACCAAGUCAUCCCAAGCUGUGCGGGCAGUGAGAGACGUGCUGACUGUGGCCUGCACCAGCCAGUGGGAGCAGCUGCGGGGGCUGGGCAGUGACGAGGAUGGGCUGCAGAAGCUGGGCACGGAAGAUGCCGAGUCCCAGGACCCUGACAGCACGAACCACCUGGAGAGUGAGGCUCCCCGGGAUUACUUCCUCAAGUUUGCCUACAUUGUGGACCUGGACAGCGACACAGCAGACAAGUUCCUGCAGCUGUUUGGGACCAAAGGUGUAAAGAGGGUCCUGUGUCCUAUCAACUACCCUGAGUCGCCCACCCGCUUCACCCACUGCGAGCAGGUGCUGGGCGAGGGCGCCCUGGACCGGGGUACCUACUACUGGGAAGUGGAGAUCAUCGAGGGUUGGGUCAGCGUGGGGGUCAUGGCCGAAGACUUCUCCCCACAAGAGCCCUAUGACCGGGGCCGGCUCGGCCGCAAUGCCCACUCCUGCUGCCUGCAGUGGAAUGGACGCAGCUUCUCCAUCUGGUUCCAUGGGCUGGAGGCGCCCCUGCCCCACCCCUUCUCGCCCACGGUCGGGAUCUGCCUGGAAUACGCUGACCGAGCCCUGGCCUUCUAUGCCGUACGGGAUGGCAAGAUGAGCCUUCUUCGGAGGCUGAAGGCUUCCCGGGCCCGCCGGAGUGGCACCCCGGCAUCCCCCAUUGACCCCUUCCAGAGCCGCCUGGACAGCCACUUUGCAGGGCUCUUCACGCGCAGGCUGAAGCCUGCCUUCUUCCUGGAAAGUGUGGACGCUCAUCUGCAGAUUGGGCCCCUCAAGAAGUCCUGCAUCUCCGUGCUGAAGAGGAGGUGAUGCAGGAGGGCAUGGGGCCCCUGCAGCUGUCUCAGCUCCUGGGAAGCUCGCUUCUCUACACCCCUGUCUUGCCCCGGGAAGCCACCAGCCCUGGAGUCUCACACAUCCCCCAGCCUUCUUGUUUCUAGAAGCCUCCACCUUCCAUACACUUGGCCUUCCACCUCUCAGGGAGGAGGCGCCCCAGACCCCUUCAAGUGCCCCUCCGACCCUGUCCCCCUGGAGGCCUUGUUUGAGGGAGAGAGAGCCACAGCUGGGACGGAGCCAGGCUGCCCCAAUCCCUCCUUUUCCAGGUUCCUGGGACAGUACGUGGCACGUAAUCGGUGCUCAAUAAACAUUUGUCGAAUGAAUGGCUCCCUUUGCUCUCGUUCUCUCCACCCUCCAGUAAUUCCCGGUACUUCUCAUCUUUCAAGAGUUGGUCUUGAAAGGCAGGAGAAGGGAACAGAGCCCCUGGUCCCAGGAUUCCUGUUGGGAGGGAGAGCCCUGGCCCAGGAGGAGGGGGCUGAAAUGGGGUGCCUGCCAUGUGAGGCACCCCUACUCCCUGGUUCUGGGCAGGGGCAGCUAGAGGUGGCUUCUCCUGCAGGGGUCCAGCCCCCCAGUCAUUCUGGCUGCCCAAGUGUUUGCUUUGGAUGGCCUGGUUCCCAUCAGCUAUUUUCAUCCUUGAUGCCACAGCUUGGUUCUGAACCUGCCUUAUGGUGCUUGUGCCCAGGAUUAAAUGCAAAUAUCACACUCCCAAGAGCAGGGCACGACUCCUGGGCGUGGGCAGGAAAAUUUGAGACCUAGAGCUUCUUUCACAUACAUACACCUCAGCCCAUGAGGGAUGUGGCUGAGAUGAGGCAGGGUGUGGCUGGAGCCUAGAACAUCUACAAUAAAGGGACCUAUGUCCUCCUCUGGAAUCUGCCUCACGUCUCCACACACAGCUGUGCAGCUUGAGACCCUGGCCCUGCACACCAACAGAGCCUCUGCUCCUGUCCCAGGAAGGCCCAGCGCCCCCUGCUGCACCAGGACCCCAUCCUGGCCUCGGAUGCCUGAGUUCGGCUUUCAAGGGGAAGCCUUGCUUCCUGAGGCUACAGAGUGAGU